CGCAGUCUUAGUAGGUCAGAACUGUUGUGGAGAAGAAGCAGGAUCAGAGAAGCAGCCAAAAAGAUGGUGUCCUUUGUGAAUGUUAUCCUGCUCUGGUCUUUGUGUGUGGCACAGCAUAGUGACAUCUCUCAGCCGGUUCCUUUCCAAACAGUGAAGCUUGGAGACUCAGCUACUAUUGAGUGUCACAUAAGGAGUGAGAUGGGAAAAAGAGUGUGGUACAAGACUACAGGGAAAAAACUGCAGCUUGUGGUAGAAAUAAACUCCAGCUAUAAUGUGAGUGUAUUUAGUGCUGAAUUUCAUCACCGUUAUUCAGUAAGAUUUGACAAAUUCAUCAGUAAUCUGAGCAUAUCUGUAACAACAUGGGAGGACGUUGGAACAUACUUCUGUGGAGUAAUGCACUUUGACAGCAUCAAGUUUGGACCAGGAACCUUUUUAAUGCUGAAAGGUGCAAAGAUGAUCAGCGACUCUGUCGUCCAGCAGCCAGAGUCUCAGUCAGUCCAGCCAGGAGACUCUGUGACUCUCAGCUGUUCUGUUCACACUGGCCACUGUGCAGCAGAACACGUUAGUGUCAUGUGGCUGAAAACCUCAGAUCAUUCUGCUCCAGAAAUGAUUUACUCCUCUGGAAAUAAGAAUGACAUCUGCCAGAGGAUUGAGAGCGGAGAAACUACCUGUGUGUCCAACCUUCUCAUGAGGAACCUCAGCUCUGAUGAUGCUGGAGCCUACUGCUGUGUUGUGACUUUGUGUGGACAGAUACUGUUUGGAAAUGGGACCAGGAUUAAUAUUCACAGUAAGACAGAAACUGUCACUGUAAAAUACUUCCAAUUCCUAGUAAAUCAUAUAAAUGACACCAAGCCACCUGAACAGAGUCCAACCGUUAUCGCACUGACGCUGUCAAACAUCAUUCUUGGGACUGUGACAGUCUUUCUUAUAUGGACACUUUGCAAGAGGAAAGAUUCCACAGAGGCAACUGAUGGAUGUUCAGAAGGCAAUCAGACUAGUGAUGCAGUUAUCUAUGAAGAUUUGUGUUCUGUUCCCAGAAGCCUCCCAGCCAGUCAAACCUCAGUGAGAUCCAGUGAAGACUCUGUAGUUUAUUCUGACAUCAAAUACUGUCCGCAGAACUGAGUUGGGUGAUCUGGGGAAUGCAGAUAAACCAGGUAGAAUGAAGAAUGCCUUGCUACUAAACAAAUAUAUAUCUAUCUAUAUAUGUUUAGUGGUAUAACAACUUUAAAAUAUGAGAUUUAGCUUUGUCAUGUAUGAAGAAGUCAGCCACUGGAGCUUAGCUCUCCCUGAUUAAAACUGUACUCAGCAACUUCACAUCUUUUCAGCAUGAAUGGUAUAUUUAAAUACUGUUGAAUGUGCUACAGACUGAGCUACUGCCACCCCAAUAUCAUGCCGCUGAUUCUGAACAAAGCAAUGGUUUACUGUUUUAGAUGCUUUUUAUUUAAUUGAAUUCUUAAAUUUAAUUUCAGUACUAACGACUAUGGAAAUACUAAAUUGCUGAGUAAACAUUUAUUGUUGGGUAUGUGUGUGCUGCAACAAAUAACUGAAUGACCUGCUGAAUCUGAAUAAUGCUUUUGUUGAUUAUUAUUGUCAUUUUUCUGUGGUUGGUCUAGUUUGAAGCCUU